AUGUUUAUGUGCCGUUGCUGUAAUUGGGCUUUCCCGGAUAAAACAAGUUUACAUAUGCAUAUGCAGGCAAAAGAAGAAGGGAAAACGAUUUCGGUUCCGGUGAUCGGUAAAGGUAAUCCACCUACUACGCAUCAGCAUCAACAGGAACAACAACAACAACAGCAAAAUGAAAAUCUAACUGGUCAGACUGGAUUGACGGAAAAAGGUCGUCAUUCACCGCAGCUGUCAACGCUUCAUGUUCCACAGCCACGAGUUCCUGCAACAAAUCCGUUUGCUCCAUUGCAGCUCCAUUCAUUAGUUGGCCUUGCACCACAACAAGCAGUCAGUCUUACCGAACAAAGCUCAUUGCAAGCAGCAGCAGCAACAUUAUUCUCGCCAAUGGCUCUUCUUCGAGAUACAUCCGGAAGUGGAACACAUGUGGAUGAUUUAAUGUCAAAAUUACGUGAACGUCUGAUGCUGAAUAAUUUGGUUGCUCAAUCCAGCUUUGGCCUUGCCGCAUGGCUUUCAGCUUAUCCAAAAAUGGAUCAGUCAAAUGCAAAUGGUGGAAAUCCUUUGGAUAUGUGUUCAUCAAAGGAUUCUGAUGUCAAUUUAGCUGCUGAAGAGGACGAGAUUAAUGUUGACAAAGAAUAUGACGAUGAUAUGAUAACAGACAGGAACAGUACAGAACAACAUCAGUCACAUAUUAUGGAAUUAAACGGAAAGACAAAAGUCGAAACAUCAGUGAAUCUUGAAGAGAACAACAACAAUAAUACUAACAGUAAUAUCGAACGACCUAAAAGCGCGAAUGUGGUUGCAGAUGAUAAAAAAAUACUACAUGAAUCUUUGUUGAGACCAGCUUCUAAUGCUGCUAUUGGAAAUGUUUCAUCUAAAACGAUGCCAAAUUUACGUUCAGCAAUAAAUAGCUCCCCAAAGAAUGGUAACCUAAUAUUGAAAAACAAUGAAUGUAAAGUCCUUUUGAAUGGUGUUUCGAAUAGUAGCAUUGAAAGUAUUAUUAUCAACAACAAUAAUAAUAAUACCAAUAAAGGAAAGCAUACAAUAAGUGAAUCAUCUGAUCCUAUUGAAAGUCAUAUAUCACCAUCUGAAACACACAGUAGUACAAGUAAUGGCACGUCACCGCCUGCAUCUCGAGAAUGCUAUGAAUGUGCUAUCUACAGAGGAAAGUUAGCAAUGGCUGAAAAUAGGUGUCGUUAUUUGGAAGGAAAAACUGCCACUCUUCAAUCAGAUGCGAUUCGCUUUAGUACUCGUGUGACAGCAUCCGAAAAUUCAGCUCGACAAUAUGAGCAAGAAGGCCGCUUUCUAAGAGAACAAAACGAAAUUUUGCAACGAAAAAUAUUGGAAUGUCAGGAGAAAACAUUGGCAUUUAUGCAAGCUGAUCAAGCAACUAAUGCGCAAGCUGUAGCCCUUUAUUUAAACGAUAUCUUAAAGACGACUUUUCUCCGAUAA